AUUCGGACCAACAGAGUGGGCUUUCCAAAGACAAAGGUAAAUGACAUGCCUAAGCGGGCUGAGCGGGGUACCAUGCGAUGGAUCCGUGAAGAUGGCCUGCUGUUUGUGAAGGAUGGACACUAGAGGUGGUGAUGUGCUCCACUAUUCACAAGUCCUUCAAUGGCGACCAUGUCAGUAGGCGUGUAAAAGAUGCUUUGGGUGCAUGGAACAACAAAAAUGUCCCCAUUCCUGCAGCCAUCAAGGACUACAACAAGAGCAUGGGAGGUGUAGACCUAUCAGACACACUGAUAGGGUACUACAAUGUUCUACACAAAACAAAGAAGUGGUACAAGACAUUGUUUUACCACUUCAUUGACAUUGCUGUGGUGAAUUCCUUCAUCCUGCAGAAGGAAAUGGCGAAGAGCUGUGGACAGCCCCCCAUCACACAGCUAGCCUUCAGGGAGCUGCUCAUCAAGGAGCUUGCUGCCUAUCUCACAAAGUCCACUGCAUCACGCUCUGCCCCCUCUACCUCUGCCCCCUCUACUCCUGCCUCCAGUGGUGUUCAUAUGCCACAGUUCAUUACUGCAGGCAUGACUGUGCCUCAUGGCCAAAAGGCCACAGCAUUUAGGCGUCGUUGUGUUCUGUGUCACAUGAAGUCCCCCAUCAUCUGCACCACGUGUUCAGUUUGUCUCUGCUUUACCUCAGAAAGAGACUGCUAUGGGACAUGGCACACGCAGCAAAAUAUUGUGUAGAGGACUUCUAAAGGCCUGUUUUUUU